GAGGAGGGGAAGCUGCCUCGCCUGGCGGCCCAGAAGCGCGCGCGCGGGGGAGUGCAGCCCCUUCGCGCCCCGGCAGGCUCAGCGGGCCUGCCCGCGGCGCGCCGCCAUGAUCCAGGUGCCAGACAUGCUUGAUUGCGGGAGCCUUCCGGAGUGGGGCUCGUUCCGCUGGGCGGUCUCCUCGGCGGUGGCCGCGGGGUUCGAACGCUCGCCGCAGCUGGAGGCGCAGGCAUCGGAGCUCGAGGAGAGGUGGCGGCCCUGGGUGUGCGAGAGUGCGGAUGACCCCGACGCCUGCCGUGCGGGCGUGGGCAUGCCAGGCUUCGGCUUCAUCCGCGACCUGGAGCGGGAGUGCCGGGACUCGAACAACUUCGAGCGCUACCUUCUGCGACAUUUCUUCGCGAACACCGGCAAGGUGUUCGAGCCAUUGCGGGCGCCCUCUGGCUUCUGCCUCUACGGGUACCUGACGGCCCUGGUCGUGCUCGCGUGGCACGCCCUGCCAGACCACGAGGGCGAGGCGCUGCGGUAUUUCGCCCUGGCGCAGCACUUUGUUGGCCACUACCACUGCUUCGACUUCCUGGAGUCAUCCACCUGGCCCGUGACGUCGUUCCUUGUCCUGCUGAACAUGCAGGCGGGCAGCAGCUUCCUGGCCCUGCCCGAGCCCCCCGGCCACACGCACCCGGGGCAGCUGGGGGCGGACUUUUACCUCGAGAGGCUCAGGUGGCGGGGCACCUCCGAGGCGCGGAAGCCGAACCCGGGCGCCGCGCCGUACCUCCCGCUGCCGCUGGACCGGGCGCCCGCUGGCUGGCGCGGGCGCGGCGGCGGGCCUGAGCGGCCCCGCGUGUCCGUGUGGCAGUUCUGCAUCCAUACGUCGACCGCGGGGGAGGCGGUCACCAUGAUAGGCAGAUUCCUGCGCGGUUCCUACGACGUCGAGUUCCGGGGUAACUCGAUCGCUUUCCAGCUUUGCAACAACUACUCGCCCUCGAUGUGCGCGAGGGGCCAGGUCGCGAGCUUCCUCGAGCAGCUCUUCGCCCAGUUCCAGGACGAGGACUUCACCUAGAUUCUGUUUGCUGUCCCUCUUUACCUUUCCCUUGCCUCCC